AUGCUGCGGAACGAUGCGAUUUCGGCCCUUGCAGUGGCGGUGGCCACGGGCUGCGAGUUCAUCCGGGUCAACGUGCACUACGGAGUGAUGGCCACUGACGAGGGCAUCGUUGAGGGAGAGGCGCACGAGACAACGCGCAGGCGCCGCUCGCUGAACGCCGACGUGCAGAUUCUGGCGGACGUGCUGGUGAAGCACGCCGAGCCCAUGGGCCAGAGCGACAUAGGACUGGUGGCGCAGGAAACGACCCGGAGAGCACUGGCCGACGGGCUCAUCGUCUCGGGACAGGCCACGGGGCGGCCCACCAACAGCUUCGACGUGUCGGUGGUGCGCCGGGCCGUACCAGACGGCUUCGUGCUGGUGGGCAGCGGCAUCAACGAGCAAAACGUGUGGCGGGUCAUGGAGCAUGCCGACGGCGCCAUAGUUGGAACAAGCCUGAAGACCGAUGGCAUCGUAACCAAACCGAUUGACCCGGACCGCGUCCGUCGGCUGGCCGAGAUCUUCGCUUCGAUGGUGUAA